AUGGGUUCAAGGGUCGUAUUGUUAGUCAAUAUAUGCGAUUUGCGUUUAGUAAGUUUAAGGUUUUCUGGUGGUUUUGAUAUCAAUGUUUUCCAGAAAGUUCAUGGAACCGGUGAUGUGUCGACCUUGCCCGAUGUAUCUGUGGAGCUCGUCACUAAUGCUGUUGAAGAUUGCAAGAAGCCUGUUGUGGCAGCUGUUGAAGGAUUGGCUCUUGGAGGUGGCUUAGAAUUUGCAAUGGGUUGCCAUGCACGUAUUGCUGCCCCUAGAACUCAACUUGGCUUGCCAGAAUUGUCACUUGGAGUGGUACCUGGGUUUGGAGGUAUUGAAACCCCACUGUAUAUGUUCAUAAAAACUUGCACAAGGCUUGUGGGGCUUUCAAAGGCUAUUGAAAUGAGGCUGUUUCUGGACAGAUUGAGUGGAUUUAGAGAAGUUAAGUUUUCUGAAGAGAAAAAUGUUUGA